UGUUAUGCUUGUCAAGUCAGGUGAUUUUAUUGUCAUUAUGUUGGCAGUAAUGAUGGAUUGAAAAAACCGCGCAAAGUUUACGUAUUGUUUUGUGAAAUUAAGUUUAUAUUUUUUGCUUCUUAAUCCAUUCAAAAGUUUAAUUAUAACUUCUUUCUAAAAUGCAUUAUGUUCAAAAAUAUUUAGAAAAACUUCCUAUCACAAAAACAAACACGAAAAUAAAUGAUGGAAAAAAAAACAAUAUUUUUCUGUACUGUAAUUAUUACAGCUUUUAUUCACAAAAGGUUUUAAUGGCUCUUUACGAGAAGAAUGUUGAUUUUGAACCAUUACUUGUAGACAUUACGAAAGGAGAGCAAUAUUCUUCUUGGUUUUUAGAAAUAAAUCCCCGUGGGGAAAUUCCUGUUCUUAAAGUUAAACACGAACUUAUACCUGAUUCGACAAGGAUUUUGGAUUACUUGGAAUUUUAUCUGGAUGCAGAUUUGCCCCCUUUAAUUAAUGUAUCCACUGAUAGCAAAGUAUUAAACAACAUCAGCAAAUUUCGUGAAGUUAUAGAGGCUCUUCCAGCAGGUGUUAUAACAGUGGGCUCAUUCUUUCAUCCUCACCUCUGUGGCAGCCCGAAGUUGCCUUUCAUUCUGCCAAUCCGGGAAAUACUCAAAAGUGGAGAUUUAAGCAGUUCUAGAAAUUUGAGGAAAUUGGCAGAAGAAAAUCCGAAUGCCAAGAGUAUAUUAUUGUAUAAAGCUGAAAUACAAGAUCGGAAACAUGAAAUUUUAUCAAGUGAAGAGGAGUACUUGAAGAUUUUAAACAUAGUAGACCAAGUUUUGACACUUAUUGAAGAGCAGUUAAAAACCCAACCUGAAGGUAAUUGGUUGUGCUGUGAGAAUUUUAGCAUAGCAGACAUCAAUCUGGCAGUUCUUUUGCAACGUCUAUGGGAAUUAGGGUUUGAUGAAAAGUUUUGGGCUGAAGGAAAAAGACCACUAAUUGAAAACUAUUUUAAUAGAGUCAGGCAACGUGAAUCCUUUAAGCGAACUAUUCCUAGCUUACCGGUUCACCUCAAGAUGAUAGUGAUGUCACAACCUCCGGCCUACCUUGGUGCUGCAGGAGCUGCAACACUUGCUGUUGUUGUAUCUAUUGUUUAUGUUUUUAAGAAAAUUGUACAGUAAUAAUGCAUAUUGUGCAAAAAGUGAAUUUCAAAAAAGAUAUAUUUAAAACAAUAGUAGUCUUGACUAAUUGAAAAAAAAUAUUAUUUAUAUUCUUUGUCAGAAAUCAUUAGUAAAUCUGUUGAUUGUUUGAACCCUUUUAAUUUAGUAUAUGGAUGCAUAAUUAAUGACAUAUGUUCAAGUUAAAGGUAAUUGACUACUAUAAUUUUUUUGUUUUUUUGUAGGCAAUAAAAUUUCCUUUAUCUAAUAAUUAAACAGUAUUUUGGAAAAUGAUCCACUGAAUUGAUUAUAUUUAAUCAUAGUUAAAGUGUUUACAACAAUAUCAGUAUUAUUAUCAAUAAUAUAAUAGAUUUGAAGUAA